AUGUCUGUCGACAUCAGCGCCGAAUCUUCUGCGCCUCCAAACCUCAACCUGAGUCCUGAGGAGAAACGAGUCUAUGGCCAACUUUUCCGUCAGGCCGAUACCGAAGGCGUUGGUGUUGUUACGGGCGAUGUUGCUGUCAAGUUUUUUGAAAAGACGAGACUCGACUCUCGUGUGCUAGGCGAGAUUUGGCAAAUUGCGGACAAUGAAAACCGCGGUUUCCUCACCCCCGCCGGCUUCGGAAUCGUGCUGCGCCUGAUUGGCCAUGCCCAGGCUGGACGAGAGCCUACCGCCGAGAUUGCUCUUCAACAGGGACCUAUACCCCGAUUCGAAGGCCUGUGGCCGCCUCCUCCUUCGCUGGCAUCGCCAAGCAGCAGUAAUACAGCGUCACUGCAAGCCCAAGCCACCGGCGGUGCCGUUCGUAUCCCUCCCUUGACACCCGACAAGGUUGCGCAAUACACUGGCCUGUUUGAACGUCAGCCUUUGCAGGCCAACAAGCUGCCAGGCGAGCAGGCCCGCAACAUAUUCGACAAGUCGGGUCUGCCCAACGAGACGUUGGGGAGAAUCUGGGCGUUGGCGGACACCGAACAGCGCGGCUCUCUUGUCCUUGCCGAAUUCGUCAUUGCCAUGCAUCUGCUCACGUCCGUCAAGACCGGGGCGCUCCGCACCCUGCCGACUGUGCUUCCAGCCGGCCUGUACGAGGCCGCUACGGGCAGGGUCGCCGCACCCAGGCAGUCACCAAGCGAUACUGGCAUGAGCCCCAUACCUAGGCCGCUGAGCGGCCAGACCCAAAUGCGAACAGGCAGCCCUCUAGGCCGCCCGCCCCCUGGUCCGCAGGCCGGCAGCGACUGGGCCGUGACGCCCGCGGACAAGGCCAAGUUUGACCACAUCUAUGCCACCAUUGACAAAACAAACAGGGGCUUCAUCACCGGAGAAGAAGCGGUCCCCUUUUUCAGCCAGUCCAACCUCUCCGAGGACGCCCUGGCUCAAAUAUGGGAUCUCGCCGACUUCAACAGCCAAGGACAGCUCAACCGAGAAGGAUUCGCUGUUGCCAUGUACCUGAUCCGGCAGCAGAGGAGCGGCAGUGGAGGACAGCUGCCGACUUCGCUGCCCGCGAACCUGGUCCCUCCCGGUGUGCGCAGCCAAAGGCAGGCCCAUCAUCAGCCCCCGUUUCCGCCUCCACCGGCACCGCGACCAGCGGCAGCGGCAGCGGCGCCUCAGCCCAAAUCAGCUUUGGACGACUUGUUCGGCCUGGAAUCAACUCUCCACUCUUCUUCCCCUGCGCCAGCACAAGCCGCAAUGACCACUGGCGGCUCAAACGCCAACGCCCCUUUUGCUGGAGCUUCUGCCGUGCUGCCCCCUUCGUCCCCCUUGCAAGCCACGGCGACUGGAACCGCCUUCAAACCCUUUGUUCCCUCGUCGUCCUUCGGGCGAGGACUGACGGGACCCUCCCAGGGAGACGCUCCCAAGCAGUCGCAAGACCUCUUGGAGGACAAUGAUCCAGAAGCCAGCAAGAAAAUCUCCGAGGAAACCACAGAGCUGGCCAACCUCUCGAAUCAAAUCUCGACGCUCUCGAGGCAGACGCAAGACGUCCAGAGCAAACGCAGCACGACUCAAAACGAGCUCAAUCAGACCAACCUGCAGAAGCAAAACUUUGAACAGCGGUUGGCGCAGCUGCGGGCCCUGUACGAGAAGGAAGCCGAAGACACGCAAUCCCUGGAGGAGCAGCUGAGGAAGUCCCGGGCCGAGACCCAGAAACUGCAGGCCGAGUGCAUGACCCUCGAGGGGACGUACAGGGAUGUGCAGGGUCAGCACCAGCAGGUCCUCGCGGCUCUCCAGGCGGACCAGCGGGAAAACAAAAACAUGAGGGAGCGCAUCCGCGUAGUCAACGGCGAGAUUGCCCAGCUCAAGCCCCAGGUCGAAAAGCUCAAGUCCGAGGCUCGCCAGCAGAAGGGUCUUGUGGCCAUCAACAAGAAGCAGCUGGCCACAACCGAGGGGGAGCGAGACAAGCUCAAGACGGAAGCGGAAGAGCUUGCAAAGAGCGGGGACGGCGUCUCGAGGCACGUCGACGGCAGCUCACCUGCGUCUGGGUUUGCUCAGCUUGCGAGUCCCGCGCUGUCCACCUCGAGUGCUAAUAACCCGUUCUUCAAGCGAUCCGCAAGUACCGACAUCAUGGGCGCCUUUGCAACCCCGCCACCGAGGUCUUUUACCGACAAGUCCUUUGACGACGUGUUUGGACCAUCUUUGGCGGGCCGCAGCAGCAACGCCAGCACGCCGGCCCCGGCGCCGCCUGCUUUCCAACAGCAGCAGCACACCGGAACAUCUGUGGCCAGUGCUGGCUCUUUCCCCAACAACACGGGAAGGUCCAGUCCCAACAUCAGCCGCCAGGGCGCCAUAGGCUUGGAGCCCCCCGCGCCCCCCGUGUCUAGGCAGAUUAGCUCCAGCUUUCUGCCCUUCCCUGACAAGGCCGAAUCCCUCUCCUCAUCUCGCCAAGUGUCCCCCCCUGCUUCCAGAGCUGACGGACCCUCAGCCGCCACCGCGGGGACCAGAGGCUUGGAUGGCGAGGAUGACGAUGAUAGGAGCGAGACGCCCGGCGCCACGCCCAUCAGCACCGGGGGAGCGCCUGCUGCCGCGCCAGUAACGGAGGGUGCGUCCAAGGUGGAGGAAGAGAAGCAAGAGGCGGCGGCUCCGAAGGCGGAUCCGUUUGGCGGCACCGAUCAGGCCAAGGCAAAGGCUGACUUUGACAACGCCUUUGCCGCCUUUGCCGCCUCGUCCAAAAAGAGCGAGAAGAAGUCGCCAAGCUUGGCACACGGCAAAGCCGAUGAUGCUUUCAACACCGAAUUUCCCCCCAUCUCGGAGCUGGAGCGUGAUGACGACUCCGACUCUGAUAGCGAGCACGGCGGGUUUGACGACGACUUUGCCCCAGCAUCUCCGCCGACCAAGGAGGCUAAAUUCAAGUCCCCCGAGGCCGUAUUUGCCAACGCAGCCCCAGCCCCAGCCCCGGCCCCAGCCCCGGCCGUGCCUGCCAAGGAGCCUGUAGAGGUCCCGAAAAAGAGCCCCGAACAGCCGUCUUCGCCUGCCACAGCCACGGACAAUUCGCAGCCCGCGUUGACUGCUGACGACAUCUUUGGAGCUGCGGCUCCCGCUCCCGCCGCUGCCGCCGCUGCCGCUGCUCCGCGUGCUGCUGCUUCAACAUCCGCCCAGGCUCCGUCCCAAACCAACACUGCUGCUGCUGCUGCUGCUGCUGCUGCUGCUGCUGCUGCCAAGGGCGUGUUUGACGACCUAGAUGACGACUUUGAGGGUCUCGAGGAAGCCAAGGAGGGCUCAGCUGACGACGACUUUGCCAACAUCUCGCGGGACGACUUCAACCCCGUGUUUGACAGCAGCCCCCCAGCCAGCCAGGCCAAGAGUGAGUCUACGGCGUUUGGCAAUGAAAGCACUUUCGACUUUGUGUCUCACAGCUCUGCAGCCGGAAGCACAGCCGCGACUCAGCAAAAGACUGCCGACUCUCACGACUGGGAUGCCAUCUUUGCCGGCCUAGAUGAGCCGACCAACGUCACGCCUCCCGGUAUCGCGGAGGGAAGCAGCGCGGACAAGAAGGGUGAGCGGCCGCCACCCCCGGGCCGAGCGCUGACUGAGCAGGGGGAGCACGACGACCCCAUCUUGAAGAGCCUGACCAGCAUGGGGUAUCCCCGUCCUGAUGCGGUGUCUGCUCUGGAAAAGUAUGACUAUAAUCUAGAAAAGGCCGCCAACUAUCUUGCAAGCAAGUCGUAA